AUGGAUAAAGUUGGACCAAAUGGAUAUACAGAUUGUCCGAGAAGAAAGUUUUUGUGUAACGAUCCGGUUUACUACCAAUAUAUGAGUUAUCAGUGUCCGAAGUCUUGUAGCCGUUGUUGGUUUGCCAACAGGAGUAAUGUCAUGGAGCAGUACGGUCGCUGCUGA